AUGGAGAAAACCUUCUCACACAGACGCCUCGACAUUGUGGAGGAGAGGCCAAUGAUUGGCGACUUCAAAGACAGAUGGCCAGCCCUGUUCCAGGAAAGUGGAGUGAAUGAAGAGUUCCUGCGGAUCACAACAAAACCUCUGCAAACAAAGUUCCUGGCCCAGCUGGACCACUUCUCUGAGAAACUCUUCCAAAUCUUUGAGAGCCAAGGGGGUGUGAAAGGACAGAAGAUAAAAAGGAUCCUGGCGAUCAAAGAUGAGCGUGACGACAUCGAAAUCAGGCGGGAGUGUGUCCUUAAAAGCCUGAUAAUAUAUCUCAAUGAAGAUCCCGACUCCCUCUUCAAAGAAUACCUGAUGGUAGAAAAUGCCUUGCUAAGGAAACCUGGAGGUGAGGAUGUCCUGGAAGAGUACAAGUCAGAAAAUACGUUGACGCACAGCACCCGGAGACACCUUGUUAACAUUCUGACUAGCCAUAUGACUGAAAUGCAUGGGAGGAUUGUUCCACGUCAGCAAAAAGAGAAGUAUGCCCUGGGAAUCAUUACACUCUUUCCCUCGCUGAAGGAUCCUUUUUCUCCAAAGGGAUAUCUGAAUCAAGACUUCCUGCUGCUGUUUGGUGGUGAAACAGCAUCCAAGAUGCUUGAAAAGUGGGACACGGCAUUCAAGUACAAGGUUAUCAAAGAGGCCAAACAACUGACUCAGUCAAAAGAGCUGUGCCGACUUCUGAAUGCUGCUGAGAAACCUACGGAGAAUGAUGACACUAGUAAGUCUGGACGGAAGAGGAGCAAAAUCAGUGCCAGUGAUGCAGUGGAAAAAAUGGUUCACUUUCACAAGUCGUGCUGCAGCAUUGAUGAACACCUGCGUGGGAGAAAGGGUCAACAACCGUACAUCCUUGCUGCUGGUCGCACCCAGAACAAGAUUGACAACUUCUAUAUUGUCGUUGACAAACAGCUCAUCCCCUGCCAAGCCACCAGCUCCUUAGGUGCUUUUGAUGAACUGUUCAAAUCACACUACGUGUUCAACCUGUCAUACGAGGAGUCCCUGGUCCAGCUCUACACAUUUGUGCAGACAACAGUCUACAACAUCGAUGUCACAACAACAGAUGAGUCUCCAAGAAUCCGUGAGUUGCGGGCAAAACUCCUGAACUAG